AUGACGAUAGAUAAACAAAGCAGAUAUGAUAGGCAAUUGAGGUUAUGGGGGAACUCUGGUCAAUCAAACUUGGAGAGCUCACACAUAUGUCUAAUUAAUGCUACUUCUACAGGUUCUGAAUUAUUAAAGAACCUUGUGUUACCGGGAAUUGGAGAGUUUACUAUUAUCGAUAAUACUGAAGUAACUGAAAACAGUUUAUCUGGUAACUUUUUCUUAGCACAUCAGGAUCUAGGUGAUAAUGCAGCAAAGGCUAUGGUUCGAGAAUUGAAGGAAUUAAAUAGUGAGGUGGUUGGUAAUGCCAUUGAAGAUUCACUUAGUAAUGUGUUGAGACAAGAGUCUGUGCAGUUCUGGGACUCUUUCAAUAUUGUAGUAGUAAGCAAUUACGUACCUAGAGAAGACUUGGAUAGAUUGAAAGACAUAUUAUGGGACAAAAACAUUCCUUUAUUCUUUGUCAAUACAAUUGGCUUUUAUGGAUCGUUGCAACUUAUCUUAAAGGAAACUACUGUUAUUGAAACACACGAUCCAGCUAAAUUCUUUGACUUGAGAAUUGACCAUCCAUGGCCCGAAUUACAAGAAUAUGUUGAUUCAAUUAACAUGGAUGAUCUAGAUGAUACGGAACAUGCACAUGUUCCAUAUAUCGUAAUAUUUAUAAAAGCAUUACAGUCUUGGAAAACUUCCCAUAACAAUGCCCUGCCUAAGAAUUAUCAAGAGAAGAAAGAGUUCCGUAAACAUGUGGAAUCUAUGUCAAGAAAUAUUGGCAAUGAAAGCAACUUCAUAGAAGCAUUAAAAAGUAUUCAUCGGGCUUUACAAAUUACCCAAAUUCCCCAAACAGUUCUUGAAUUAUUUAAAGACGAGAAUAUAAAGGAUGAAAAUAUAAAUUUAACGACAUCGAUAUUCUGGAUUUACAUAAAAGCCUUGAAGAAUUUUGUUGCAAAAACGAACAAGUUACCAUUACCGUAUGCCAUUCCAGAUAUGGCGUCUGAUACCCUUAGUUACAUCACGUUACAGAAGAUAUACCGAGAUAAAGCCAUAAAUGACCAAAAGUUAUUUACUGAAGAAGUUAUUGAAAUUUUAAACUCCAUUGGGAGGACGGCAGAUGAUAUUAACCAUGACUCAAUUUUAAGUUUUUGCAAAAAUACACAGUUUUUAUAUGUUGCCAAAGGGUCUAGAGAGCUAUUUAAUCAAAAAAUGAUAUCUAAUGUUCUUUCAGGGUCUGAGGAAGAAGGAUGUGAUAUAUUGAGCAUACAUUUCGCCCUACUUUCAUUCAAUAGUUAUAUUGAACAAUACCACACUAGUCCUAAUAUUCAGAACUUGGAUGAAUUUAUUGAAGUCUUCAAGCGUUAUUAUGCUGACCCUUCAUCUGAAAUACCUGAGACCUUACAUAUAACUUUUAAAGAAAUUUUAAGUCAUCCUUCACCUGAUUAUCAUAAUAUAAGCAGUCUCUUAGGAGGUGUUGCAAGUCAAGAAAUAUUAAAAAUUACUACGUCUCAGUAUACACCCCUUGAUAACCUAUAUGUUUUCGAUGGUAUACAUUCAAUUAGUGAAAAGUGGAAAAUAUAA